AUGAGCUAUUCGAGGGGCAUGAAGAGUGCUGGAAAUGCGGCUUCAAAGCUGCGAAAGGGUGCAUGGGAUUUCGAGGAAGACGCUCUUCUCCGGAAAUGCAUCGAGAAGUAUGGAGAAGGAAAGUGGCACCUUGUUCCUCAGAGAGCUGGGUUGAAUAGAUGCAGAAAGAGUUGCAGGCUAAGGUGGCUUAACUAUCUGAGGCCUACCAUCAAGAGAGGAGAAUUCAGUGAGGAUGAAGUGGAUCUUAUGAUGCGCCUUCAUAGGCUGCUGGGAAACAGAUGGUCGUUAAUUGGGGGGAGACUGCCGGGAAGAACAGCUAAUGAUGUUAAGAACUACUGGAACACCAACAUUCAAAAGAAGCUCACUACUGGCAGCAACCAGAAAGAGGUGGCAAUAAGAGAAGAGAUCGUUCAAAGAAAACAAGACGGUAACGUUGCUGCAACUAGUACUAGUGAUCGUGCUACUACUGUUAUCAAGCCUCUUCCCCGGAUGUUAUCCAAAGGCACAAGCCUACCCUGCUAUAAUCUUAAUCUCAAGAAUCGCGUGAGCUUUGGUUUAAAUGACAAGACACUACAGAAUAACAACAAUGAAAACAACAAGAAGCCAUCAUUGCCAGCAAUGCUGCCACUGAAUGACGAAGGCAAUGAGACCUUGACACCGGAUGAAGAUGGCACAGAGUGGUGGAAGAAUUUGUUUGCAGAAAUAGAUAUUGAUGGUCAAGAGCAAGAUUCAUCACAAGGACUGUUGAUGGCAUCUUCGAGUGGUUUAGAAAAUGCGGAUGCAGACAUAGACCUAAUGCGGAAAACUGAUAAAUCAACCACUGCAAUAAUGGAAUUUUCAGAUGACUUGAGUGACAUUUGGGAUCUUCUCGAUCCACCAGACUAUAUCUGGUUGAGUCGGUUAUAAUAUAUAAAAAUCCAG